AUGAUCAAGUAAGUGGGAUGUUUUAUUCCUUUUUACAAUUUAGAAUCCGACAGCCUCCACUUCACUUCGAACCCUUAAAAAGUUCGUUUAAUCUGCGCUGCACCUCACUUUCUUCUCACUUUUUUUAUGUCCACCGAUCGCUUCAUAAACCAUAAAUUUUGUGAGGGAUGUAGAGGGGUUUUUGUCGGGUUUCUGACCUCGUUGAGUAGCCGUUUUUGCCGUCUGGGAAGGACGGAUUCUGCGGGUUUCCAAGGCUCUUCUAACAUAUUCUCCUUCGCCUCUCAUCCCGUCCGUUUUAGUCGUUUUUUGCAACCCCUCCCCGUAUUUUCGCCCGGUUUCCGCGGCGACACCGGAGAUUGCAGAUAACAGUCGAGUUAUGAAAUGGUUUUGUUUUUACGAACGUUCCGGGCUACGAACCGUGAGGCAGGUUAGCGGGAGGUUCGGGCGGAAGCGAGAGUUACAAAACCCAGAUGUUUAUCGCACUGACUCCCCUUUACGAUCCGCGUUGAGAGUAAUCCGCAGAGUAAUCGGUAAACAUAAAAACAUGCUUAAUAACCGCGUGCUUCUCGCGGUUCUUCCAAUUCCGCUCUCGAGUACUUGCGUUCUUCACGCGCUCUUAAGUUGUCUUCAGAUCGGACACGUCAAGAAUUUCCGUUACGUUAUCAGUUUUUGGGUGUAGGGUUCGUUUUUUGAAGGUGGAGAUCAAGUUCAAAAUGAUGUUAGAGCGAGAUUAGACCAAUUUGGAUAGUUAGAUUAAUCAAAACAAGUUUUUUCAAAAUUUUUCUUCGUUUUACCCAAGUUUUAUGCAUGAUAUAAAACUAGUCAUCAUGGUGACAAUGUCCAAAAUUUCCCUGCUCUGUUUACAAACUGAACCCUUCAUUUGCUGCCUGCAAGAAGUUCGUGAUCUCCGAGCCCUGUGUAAUUGAUCCAUUCUUUCAUUUUUGCCGUCUUUCGCACAUUCGGAGGUUUUGGAAAGGGACGAAAAAACAUCCGGAAUAUUUAUUCAGGCCUUCGUUUAUUCCGCCGGACUCUUAACGACGACUUUCUUUGUUGUCUUAUGGCUCCGAAAUGUGACUAAAGUUUUUUAAAGAUCGUCUCUCUUACUGAAUAUCUUGUACAUCGGAUUGAUCCGUAGUGAAAUACGAAACUGAGCGCGUAAAUAAACAAUAGAAUUGGAGGCUGUUUAUCGGCCAUGAUAUCCCCAUGAGUGCUGCAAGUGCAUUUAUAUUGUAAAACCAGCCCACUGUCACUCCAUCGUUUUGUUGUUCCGUAAAAACGGGGACAGUUUCCCAUUUAAUGGUAAUUCUCCGUUUCCCAAAUAUUGUGAAUCAAUGUAAUUUGAGCUGAUUAAUAGAAACUGACUGGGCCUUUGGUAUUUUGUUUUAAUUUUCUUAACGGAGAAAAUAUACGAGCUGUAAGACUUGUGUCUUAUUCAUAAUUUUGACUUGUGUUUUCAAGUCGGUCAAUUUCCCAAUAAAUUUUGAUCACCCUCCCCAAUUCCACAUCACCUGCAAUUAUUCAAAUACCUGUUUGUUGUCGUGCCCACGUCUCAAAUAAUCAUUUUUCGAGGAUUUGCAUUAAAAAGUAAUACCAACUCGAUGUUCGAAUGCCCAUUUUUGUGUACCCUCCAAUUUAAGCGCACAGGCUCGGAAUUAGAAAAGCCGGUAACCGAUAUUUGUGCAGCGAACAUACCUUCGAAUCUUUCUUUUCUUUGCGAGUUUGCGGAUUGAUUUUGAGCCCCGAAUUUGGGCUGGAAGCGGGGAAUGUAAUGAAUGAUGGAGUCUUCGUGAAUUUUAAUCGCGCUAGCUGACGUUUUUCGAAUGAAUGUAUUAAAUUUGUUGGUUCAGUUGUGGCCAAUAUGAGCAAACACUGAAUGGGUCUGAGGAGAUCUCGUCCGGAUUCGAAUUGACAACGUUACAAACGCUGCAAAGGUUAGCUGGUUUAUAAUGUUUUUGAGAGGGGGAUAUCACCGUGUGGAGCUUCGAGUUUCUUGACAGACUUACGCCGGAUUUACGGAGUGGCCUCUGUAAAUUUGAGGUCGCGUUUUGCAGCCUUAGUCACGAUAUUCAAAGAUCUUUUUUGAUGGUUUCCAGAGUCGAAACAUCAGCUUUCCAUAGUUCCAGAGAUGAUAAUUCUGUUUUUAAAACUAUAAUAUUUUGACUCAAUGCGCUUUAUUAAAUAUAUCUAUUAUAUAACCUUCAGAACUCACCCAUGGUACGACUGAGUUCGGCCGUGAUAAACCUGUUUGUGGGGAUUGUCAUUGGUCUCACGAUAGCUGUAUUCAUCCUUCCCAGCACUCGGUCCUCGAUAGAUUAUGGUUACAUUAGGGCGAACCGGUUGGAGAAGCCGUUACAUCGACACGACGCCCAUGAUGAUGAAGAAGUAGACGAUAGUGAUGCUCCCAAGGAGGCGUUGCAUUUCCAUGGCGGAAAUGGCACUGAUCAUCAUCAUGGUAAGAGCUUCACUCUCAUUUCUCACCUUCUUUUGAUUGAAAAGAAAAAUCUAAACUUUUAUUUUACCCUUACCCUCAUUCCACAUGUUUCCUCAUAUUAACAGCAAAUUCGAUGUAAUCGAGAAUUGAGUCACAUAGAGAGGCGCUUUAAAACGAAAGUACCGGCACUUUUACCAUCCUCAACUUGUCUCUAGUGGUUAAAAAUGCGGUCCUUCCGGCUCAAACUCCUACUCGCCGACUCGACAGAGCUUAGAAAACAAAGUAAUAAUUUCACACCCACAACUGAUCAGCUGGAGUGUAGGGGGAGGAAUAAGCUGUCCGUAAACCCAACUAAUGGCCGAAAGUAACUGAAUUAAUUAUUCUUGAGUGGAUAAGAUUUCGAUUUAAAAACGAUUUUGGAAACAUCUUUGAAGCUUGAAAUUACAGUCUCAUGGCUUGGAUUUUGGAUGAAAUGGAUUUUUUUUUCAAGCCGGCCCUCCUCGUUUUCCAUAGUCUCUUAAUAAAAAUAGUUGAAGAAUUUCGAAGACAUCACAAAGCGUCAUCUAAAAUUUCUACGAAUCGCUGAGACCAGACAGAUGACACAUGCAUAAUUUAAGCGUCGUCAGAGACACGCAUUGCUUGUUAUGACAAAACAUUAUUUCAGGAGAAGGUCAAUUAGCGUUGGAGAUCUCAAAAAGAGUUCGGAUAUUCUGCUGGAUUCUGACGGGUAAACAAAAUCACGAAAAAAGAGCCAAACAUGUGAAAGCGACCUGGUCGAGGCGAUGCAAUAAAUUCGUGUUCAUGUCCUCAGCAGAGGACCCUGAUCUACCCGCGAUCAAUUUGAACAUCUCGGAAGGCCGCGAUCAUUUAUGGGCCAAGACAAAAGCCGCGUUCAAAUACAUCCACGAUCGAUAUAUUGUAAGUUGGAUGGGGUCGAAUCGUUAAGGAAGAAUACAGAACACAGAAAAAAAUAGUGAUACGAUUAGAAUAGAUCAAUCUGGGACCUAAAUAGAGACCAAAUGAAAGCAAUAUUGAAGAGAAUGACUUGCCGAUCUGGCCGCUCGCGCCCUCCUUGAACUGACUUCUUAUCCCUCCCAGUCCCGAAUUUAAAUUCCGAAGCCCGCGGAACUUUUUUCUGCUCCCGGAUUUUGUCAUUUGCGUAUUUAACGUCAUCGCGAGAAUGGUUGGAGGCGAAUGGGGGGAGGGAGGGAAGAGAUUAAUUUACCAAAAAAGAGGACGACGCUUAGUGUAAUGUUGAAAUUAUUGCCAAAAGUUGACGCAACCCUAUUUUUAGGACGAAUACGAUUGGUUUCUCAAGGCCGACGACGACACGUACGUCAUCAUGGAGAACCUGCGGUGAGUUUCGCUGGGUGCGGGCUUACUCAGCCCCGCUGGCUUUGUGCUUUUAAGGAGCUGAUAAUGGGCCUUAUCGCUCUCGGGAUUGACGUAACCAACGAGGAGGGGGGAUAUUUUGUUGUGCUCGUAGCUCUCGAAGAAUGCGAUCAUCGUCUUUGGGGAUGAGCCCUAACAUCCACACGGCCGUAUUGUGGAAGAUCUUGUGCAAGGGAUAUCCUUUUUCUGGAAGAUGCCAUCAGAUUCUCGGAGUUUGUAGACUUACGAUAGCAGUGGGGGCAGAGGUCGAUUUCAAAAUACAAUACUUGUUGUUAGAUUUUUUAUAAGAUUAAUGAGAUCUGUGGAUUUCACAUUGAAAAAUAAUCUCCUGGCUAAAAAAAGUUUUUUGCCUGGCCGACUCUCCUCAUUUCACGUGGUCUUUUUUCCAGAUUUAUGCUGAUGUCCCACAAACCGGAGGAGCCCGUUUUCUUCGGUUGCAAGUUCAAGCCCUUUACCAAACAAGGCUACAUGAGUGGAGGAGCCGGUUACGUCCUCUCCCGAGAAGCCUUGAAGACAUUUGUGGCCAAAGCGUUGCCGGAUAAGAAGAAAUGCUCCCCAUCGGAGAGUGGAGCCGAAGAUGCGGAGAUGGGCAAGUGUUUGGAGAAGGUGGGAGUCCGAGCUGGGGAUUCGAGGGAUUCGGAUGGCCAUCAUCGGUUCUUACCGUUCGUGCCGGAGCAUCACUUGGUCCCGGGACAUGUGGACCCUGGCUUCUGGUUCUGGCAAUAUAUUUAUUAUCCUAUGGAUCAGGUAAGACACUUCCGAAUGGGGACUGUCAAUUCACCAUCUCAAAAAAUUUUAAUUGCCUCGGGCAUCUUCUACAAUUGAAGUACGUUGAUUGUGGCUAAGAUCUCGAAAAUUAAAGUUUUAAAAUAUUCACCUUCUUGAAACCAAAAAUUAAUUACCAACGGACUACCCCACAGUGACCGGUUUCGUUAUCAAAUGACGUCAUCUUGGGCGUCACUCUCGUUUAUUUUGAUGAAAUUAUGAAUUUACUUUAUUCCUCCGCCGCCUGUUUCCUGAUUCUUGGAGUUUGAAAAAGAUUAGGGGUUUUGGGAUUACAAAUUUUCUAAGCUUUAAAGCUUAUAGAGGUGACGCUGGGAAGUAAGUACGUAUACGACCGGGUCGUUUGUAGAUACGAAAUAUGGGGCAUACUAAAUUGAAAGGUUGUAAUAUGAAACUGAAACUGCCUUUCCAACAUGAUAAAUGCGAUUUUAGGGGCCUGGCUGUUGUUCCGAUUAUGCCAUUUCUUUCCAUUACGUAUCGCCCGCCUUGAUGUACGUCUUAGAAUACCUGGUCUACCAUCUACGACCAUUUGGACUUGAUCCGACGACAGUCCAAUCCUUUGGUCCCAAAGAGAUGCCGUUGUUGGACAAGGCGUAUCUGAUGUCCAUUCAGAGCAUGGGAGCUGAUGAUGUGUUCAAAAAGACGGACAAGGACCUCAGCUCUUUGUUGACCAAGACCAGCGAGGCCGAGAUCAAGUCCGCCAACAAGCUGAAUACGAAUACCAACAACACAGUAGUCGUUACUAAGUAA